CUCACAAGUUCAACACCUACCCAAUGCAGGUUGACUUAGGUGAGGGCUCGACGCAUGGCCUGAGGAAACAGUACCUAGGUAACGUUACCGCAAAAUCUGUGCGCCCUUGCUUUAGCAGCCGGGUAUGUGGACGAGAACUUGAACAGAAAAUCAAUACUACCCGUUGAAUCCCGGGUUUCACGCCUGCGGAGGACGUCGACGACGAUCAAAGACGGCAGACAUGGCCGCUCCCAUACCGCCUCUGUCUGCCCCAUCCACCGUUGAGGCACAACCAACUAAAGAGCACGCAGCAACAAUGGAAGAUGCAAAGCCAAUUGAGUCACCGGCAGCGAGCGCGGGGCCGCCAUUACCCCCAACCACCAACAUCUCCAUCGUGUCUGGAUACCGCCCGGGUCUUAUCGCCAGCACUCUGCAGAUGCACAUGGACUUCUACUACCCGACGGAAGGAUGGGGCCGGGAAUUCGAAGCGGGCUUGUCCACCGGCCUGGGGGACUUUCUGAAACGGCUGGACAGGCCGGUGAACCAGGUCUGGUCGGCCAUCGUGACCGUGCCAGCAGCGGAUGCGCAGUCAGCUCCGGUCGAGCGCAUAGUUGGAACGGUGUACAUUGACGGCGAAUGUUCUGGCAAGGAGGGAGCCGCGCGGCUGCGCUUCUUCAUUGUGGAUGAUUCGGCUAGGGGCCUGGGCGUCGGGGGGAAGCUCAUCAGAGCGGCGAUGGAGUUCGUGAAGCACUCGGGCUUCCGUGACUGCCACUUGUCAACGUUGCACAGCCUCACUGUUGCCAGGAGAAUGUACGAGAGAGAGGGGUUCAGGGAGGUUGGCCAGGUGUGGUCCGAACAAUUCGGGAAGGGCUUCAUGGAGCUGAAGUAUGUUUGGCAUCGGCCUGAUGAGAAGCUUGAGUGAGGACACCGGUCUAUCGGUUUUCCAACUUCGCGUUUUAAAACGGUCAACAACGGCUCUGAUAGCCAGGUAGAUAUCUAUCGGCAUGCUCUCCAAGCAAGCAGGUCUUAUAUAAGCCCGAGAGUGCCGGCA